AUGGCGGAGGAUAAAUCGCAAGUUAAAGUGAAGUUUUUCACCCGUGAGCAGGACGAAUCGUUGCACGUUCAGGAUACGCCGAUCUAUGCGCCAAUCUCACUGAAACGGUAUGGCCUCUCGGAGAUCGUAAACCAUUUGCUAGGUUUGGAAAAGGCUGUGCCCUUUGAUUUCUUGAUUGAUGGCGAAUUGUUGCGUACAUCGCUACAGGAUUAUCUGACCAAGAAAGGACUGUCGAGCGAAACGUCUCUGAACGUGGAAUAUACCAGGGCCGUUCUUCCGCCAUCAUAUCUAGCUAGUUUCAACGACGAAGAUUGGAUCAGCUCUAUCGACGUCGGCGACAGGCAUAUCAUUAGCGGAUCCUACGACGGUAUCGUCAGGACGUGGAACCUAUCGGGGAAGAUUGAUAAACAGUACAGUGGACAUUCAGGACAGAUUCGUGCCGUAAAAUAUAUUUCCAACACUAGAUUAGUGUCUGCCGCGAACGAUCGUACUUUGCGUCUGUGGAAGACCAAGAACGACAAGGUGACCCGCGAGCAGGCGCUAGCUGACGACGAAGACAUCGAAGAAGGGAAGACAUUAGCGAUCCUGGAAGGUCACAAAGCUCCAGUGGUCUCAGUCGACGUGGCCAGUAACUCAAGAAUACUGUCAGGCUCGUAUGAUAACACGGUUGGUUUCUGGUCCACAAUUUAUAAGGAAAUGAUCGCAAUUGAUCCUAUGGAAGAACUGAACAAUAGCACCAACAACAAAGUAUCUACCGCUGCAAGGAAAAGAAGAAAGCUCGCGUUGAAGGACGGGUCCAUCAGAAGACGUGGUCCACUGGCACUUCUGGAGUCACACACUGGUCCGGUGGAGCAGGCUAUAUUCGAUGCUACUGAUAAUACAGUUGGUUACUCGGUUUCGCAGGAUCACACAAUUAAGACUUGGGAUCUCGUUACUGCACGUUGCGUCGACACAAAGACAACUUCAUAUUCAUUGCUGUCAAUGGCUCAACUACCAAGUUUGCAUCUACUUGCGUGUGGUUCUAGCGCAAGACACAUCACCCUUCAUGAUUUGCGUGCAAACUCCUCCGCCAAAAUAACUCAACAGCAGCUUGUUGGUCAUAAAAACUUUGUGGUUUCUCUGGAUACGUGUCCGGAAAACGAAUACAUGCUGUGCUCUGGUUCUCAUGACGGGACGGUAAAAGUCUGGGAUGUGAGGGCCAAUUCUCCUAUGUACACUAUCACAAGAGAAGAUCCUACGGUUCAAAAGGGCGUCAAUGAUAAAGUUUUCGCUGUGAAAUGGGCAAAAGACGUAGGCAUCAUCAGCGGAGGACAGGAUAAGAAGCUUCAGAUAAACAAAGGUGACAACAUUUUCAAAACGCAGUGA